GUAUUUAGUAGUAGUCCUAAACUAAGUAGCUUUCCCAAAUUCAGACUGGGAAGUCGAAACCGCCAAAACCAUCAUUAUCGCGUAGACCUCAUCUUUCAACUUCCUUUCACUUAUUCUAUUUUCCGUUUCAAUCCAUAUCACUCUCUUUCUUCAUCACCAACAACAUACCCAGUGUAAUCCCACAAAACACCGUUUCUCCAUCAUGGAUUUGAAUCAAACCAGUGCUACUAAGCAGACUUUGCAAAGUGCCAUGAAGAACGAACAACACCUUUGCCUGUCCGAUUCAGAUUCUACCGAUUCUGAUACAGAUAGAGCUAUCAAAUACUCUUCUCCAGCUCGUUUCCAUACUAGCUCCGAUUCAGAUGAUUCCACCAAUUCCCAAACACAUAAAUCUACAAAUACCAAUUCCACUACUACCGUUAAUAAAGAUUCUACUAAAGUAUCUUCGCCACCGUUGGAAUCUCCGGCGAGGUCAUUAAUUUCCUCCGACUCAGAUGAUUUUACUAAGUACGAAUCAGUUAAAGCUAGUAAGACUAAUUCUACUACUACUGCUGUUGUUCAUACUACUGUUAAUAGAGAUUCUACUAAGGUAUCUACGCCGCCAGUGGAAUAUCCGGCGAGGUCGUUGAUUCCCUCCGAUUCUACAACUGCUACUGUUACUGCUCGUACUACUGUUAAUGGAGAUUCUACUAAGGUAUAUUCGCCGCCGGUGGAAUCUCCGGCGAGGUCAUCUAUUUCCUCCGAUCAAAUAUCUCUUCCUCACGAGUGCUUAACUCUAGAGGAUAAUAAUUAUAAGCAUUUUGCUGCUCCGACGAGGAGUCCACCGGAAAUACCACCGGAACCGGAGAUUCCAGCGGUGGUAGUGAAGAAGUCUAUGAAGGAGGAACAACCACUGGCUUUAGUGAAAGCGGAUCUGUUUGUCGGAGAUGAUGCAGAUAGUGUCAAGGAAGGUGGCGACAGUCGCCGGAAAAUAAGGCCACCGUUGCCAGUUUUAAGAAAAGCAAAAAUGGAUGAUGAGAUGGUAAAGAAAGUGGCUUUAGGUUUUAGGAUUUUUGGGUUUUUGUUUUGUUUGGUUUCCUUUUCUGUAUUGGCUGCUGAUAGGAAUAAGGGUUGGGCUCUGGACUCUUUUGAACGUUACAUGGAGUUCAGGUACUGUAUGUCAAUGAAUGUCAUAGGAUUUGUGUAUUCGGGAGCUCAGGCAUUUGAUUUGGCCUACCAAUCUGCGACGGGCAAGAACAUCGUGCAGCACCAUUUGCGCUACAUUUUUGAUUUUGCCCUUGAUCAGGUGGUAACAUAUCUUCUGAUAUCAGCAUCAUCUUCAGCUGCCACUCGCAUUGACGAUUGGCAGUCAAAUUGGGGGAAGGACAAGUUUCCUGAUAUGGCAAGUGUCUCCGUAGCAAUGUCCUUCCUUGCAUUUGCGGCUUUGGCCUUCAGCUCCCUCAUAUCUGGCUAUGUACUAUGCAACUCCAGAUGAACAGUCUUGUGCUAUGUUUGACUAUUUAUUUAUCAUCCUUGUAAGUUUAAUGUAAUUGUAUGGUAUGAAAAAUCAGUUGCAGGUUGUUCAGGUGAAACUGAGGUUUCUUGAGAGUUAAUUUUAUUGUAAUGCUCCUUGAACAAGCUUUAGGAUGAUGUUAUGUAUGCGUUACACAAUUUUCUGCUCUUGUUAGGGAGAUCCAAUUAUGAGAAAGACCAGAUGCAAUGCAACUUGUGGACAAGUUAUCAAGCUAUUGAAUUGAUAAGCCAUAUUUUUCA